AUGACUACACCAUACAGUUCUUUAAUAAUUGGCUGGCGCCUACACGGUCGUCACGUUUUAAUAGUUGGCGGAAACCAAGUCGCUGCCAAUCGUCUAGACUUUGCGUUAUCCGCAAAUCCCGCAAAAAUAACUUUCGUCUACCCAAAACAAAAAAUAACUUGCCCAAAGCUUUUAGAAUAUAUCGAGAAAAGUGGCGGCGGUGAUAUAUUAACAUUUAUUGAUAAAGAAUUUGACAUUAAAAAUCUAGACAGCGAUCCGGUAGUGGAUUUAGUGCUGACCGCGACGAAUAAUGCACAAUUAUCUCAGAAAAUCGUUGCAGCAGCGAGAGAACGACGUAUUCCAGUGAACGUGGCAGAAAUUCCACAACUGUGUGAUUUCUUGUUUAUGCCCACGUAUCGUGACAAUUAUUUGCAGGUUGCUAUUUCUACGAAUAAUAAAUUUGUAGCAAAAAACAUUGAUAAGAAAAAAAUUGAGCUUGCGUUGAUGACACGAAAAAUAAGAGAACAUAUUUUGGAACAUAUACCGCAACAUAAAGACAUUAUCGCUGCAUCGGAUAAUCUCGCGUUAUUAAGGAAGAAUUUGGAUGAAAAUGGUUGCAAUUUGUCAUUACUAUCAAAGAUUAUCGAUACAUUACCAUUAGGACAACUUGCUCAAUUAUCUGCGGAAGAUAUUGCGGCAUUAGCAAACGAAAAUCUUAAUUCAUUAUUGAAUGAAGGAAAUUUUAUGGAUAUUGAUGAAUCAUCUUCAACUUCAAGUAACGACGAAAAAAAAUCCGACGUCACGUUUGUAGAGCAGGCGAAUGAUUCUCAAACUAAUCUCAAUAAUAAUGGUGAUGAUACCGAAGAGUAUAAAUCAUUGAUAAAAUCGAAUGACAAUGAAAGAUUAAGCGAGGAUCAACUUGUUGACGGAAAAAAUAUCUCGGUUGAUGUCGAAACUCAAUCGUGGAUUAAAUCAAAAAUCAAUGAUAAAUUUUUGAUCGGAAGAUUAGGUGGAGAUCAACUUGUAGAUGGAAAAACAGCAUUAGCGUAUGUUGCUUAUGCAUUAAGUACGAAUACAUUCAUUUACCCAACUACAAGAUCAGCAUAUAUUGGAAAAGUGACCGAACAUUGGUCUGCGAAUAAUGUUCGAAACGCAUUUGGAAAGGUGGGACAAGUUGAGAAAAUGGAUACUCGUAUUGGUGCUGCCACGACAAUUAUUGGGGCUGCAAUCAUGAUGGCAGCAUCAUCUUCAUCAUUAUCUAAAAAAAAGGACUUCAAUUUAUCCUCGUAUUGGCAUUUUUCCGCAUUUGCCACUUCACAAACAAUUGUAAAUAUGAUUCCGAAUCUGUACAUAAUUGCCGUUCAACAUAUUCCUCUAGUUAUACACGUUGCAGCACAAGGACAAGAUCAUGAAAUGAAUAAUAUAGUUAAUUAUCAUGAUGCAUUACAAGCACGUGAUACAGGGGUAGCUAUAAUUAAUUCAUUCUCGGUACAAGAGGCACAUGAUGUAGCAUUACUUGCACAUUUAUCUUCUGCUUUAACGGAAUCUCCUUUCUUACAUAUUUUCGAUGGGAUAAAAACAACCCAUGAAUUAACAAAAGCCGAUCUUCUCUCUUAUGAUGAUAUCGCGAAAUUAUGGAUCGAAAUUAAGACGGAGAUAAAUACUCGUAAAAAUCAUAGUUGUAAUUCUCAUUAUUCGAUUAUUGACGGGAUUGAAACAGUAGCAAUCAAGGUCGGGCGAAAAUUAGGGAGACAUUAUCGAUUAUUUGAAUAUAUUGGGGCACAUGAUGCAGAGUCUGUCUUGGUGGUGUUGGGAGAUGAGGUUGUUAGUGUACAAGAGACUAUCAAUCGACUCUCACAAUAUGGUGGAAAAGUUGGUGCUAUUGUUGUUCGAGUAUAUAGACCAUGGUCAGUUAGACAUUUCAUAAACACACUGCCAAAAACGACCAAACGUAUUGCUGUAUUCGAGCAAGUGGUAAAUACAAAAAAGGGUUCUGUCCGAAAUAAUUCAACAUUAUUUGCCGACAUUUCGGCAUCUUUCCAAUCGGAAAUUUGGGCUAUUAAAAAGACACCAAUUCCGACGAUAGUUGAUGUGAAAUACCCAAUCACCCAAACUUUGAAUGCACGAAAAAUAAAACUUGCUCUUCAUCAAUUAGUCUCUGGAAUGAAUAUAAACCUAAAUGCUGAUCUAUUAUCAGCGAUUGAUAUUCCGCCCCCUUCACAUAAUUUGAAACAAUGCAUAUUUUGGGACUCGGAAUCUCUUGGAACUGUGCACACAACUGCGCAUAUAGCAAACAUUUUCACAAAUAUGCCUCAACUUAAUUUCUCGAGUCUAUCAACUUAUGACGUGUGCAAUAAUGGGGGAGUUGUGGCUACACGUUUAAGAUUUGGUCCUGAUCGUAUUUGUGGGGUGUAUGAUGGCGAAUGUGGUGCUGAUUAUAUAGGAAUACACGACGCUAAUCUCAUCUCGAAAUACGAUAUUUUACUUGCGGCCAAAGAACGUACUGUGGUAUUAUUGAAUACUGAAUGGGAUAUUGAUGAAUUGAUAAUGAAGUUAUCAAAUGAUUUCAAAUAUGAAGCCGCAAAACGAAACAUUCAAUUGUUCACGAUUGAUGCCCAGAAGAUUGUCCGCGAUACGAGAUUAUCAACAUCUUCAUCGACCGAGGCUAUUAGUAUUGUACUCCAAGCAGCAUUUUUAAGAUUAUAUAAUCAUGCACACUUAGAUGAAUCAUUUCAGGAAGUAGUGGCUGAUUAUUAUGAAGGUGUAAGCGAGAAGGAAGUAACGCGUAUAGUCCAUGACAUCGUAGAAAAAACAGAGAAUGGUUUAGUUCGAAUUGACAUUCCGUCAUUAUCUAUGAUAUGGUCUCAACUUGAAAAAUCCAAUCAAAAUAUGCCAUGUAGCGUAAAUAAUAAUUCAUUCAGCCCAAAUCUCGACAAACUAAGCAUACAAAGAACAAAAUUGGAUAACUGGCGUAGAAUUGCCCUCAAUCUGUUAUUUAAGGAAGCUUACGGACGAAAACAAAAAACUCGACCUGAUCUUUCUGAAAAGACUUUUAUUGUUAAUGUUUCAGAAAAUCGUAGAUUAACCCCAUUGACUUAUGAUCGUAAUUUAUUCCAUAUUGAAUUUGACAUCAAUGAAAACGACAAAUUCACCUAUAAUAUCGGAGAAGCACUCGGAGUCUAUGGACAUAAUGACCCGGACGAAGUUAAUCAAUUUUUGCAAUAUUACGGACUUGAACCGAAUGAUGUGAUAUUGGUGCCAAAUAAGGAAGGUAAUCAGUACGAGGCAAGAACUAUUCUACAAUUAUUCACUCAAGUCCUAGAUAUUUUUGGUCGACCACCGAAAAGAUUCUAUGAAUCACUAGCAAAAUACGCCAAAAACGAGACGGAAAAGAAUAAAUUAUUAUGGAUUGCAAGUCAAGAUGGAUUAGAAGAAUUCAAACGACGUGUCAACGACACAAUUACUUUUGCUGACAUAUUUUACGAAUUUCAAUCAGUUCGACCAUCCGCGGAAGAUUUAGUGAAUCUGAUUACACCGAUCAAACCACGACACUAUUCAAUAGCAUCAUCAAACAACGUACAUCCGAACCAGGUACACUUAUUAAUAGUAACAGCUGAAUGGAUAAAUUCUACCGGUAAAAAACGAUAUGGACAAUGUACAAGAUACUUAUCCAAAUUAAAAGUCGGUGAGAAAGUUACCGUUUCAAUUAAAUCGUCAGUGAUGAAACUUCCUCCGAUUGAUUCACAACCCAUUAUAUUAGCUGGACUUGGUACAGGAAUGGCACCAUUCCGUGCCUUUAUCGAAGAACGUGCAUAUCAAAAAUCAAAAGGAAUAAAGGUCGGCCCAAUAAUCUUAUACUUUGGUUCACGAAACCGAGCAAUGGAAUAUUUAUAUGGCGAAGAACUGGAAGCAUAUCACGCCGAAGGUGUACUCACACGUCUUCGUUUGGCAUUUUCGCGUGAUCAACCCAAAAAAGUUUAUAUACAGCAUAAGAUGCAAGAAGACUCACAAUUGUUGUAUGAAUACUUGUUGAAACAGAAAGGAUGGUUUUAUCUUUGUGGACCCACUUGGCCUGUGCCGGAUGUUCGGGAUGCAAUCACUAAUAGUUUUGUGAAGGCUGGUCGGUUGUCUAAACGGGAAGCUAAUGAUUGGGUGAAUAGGUUGAAGGAUUUGGAACGUUAUAUUUUGGAAGUGUAUUGA